UAUCCCUCCCUCUCGGCACCCAUGACCCCAGCCGGCUACUUCUCCUCUGGCCCGUGUCGGAGAGGUUGUGGGGAAGGCGACUUAGCUUAGGCAAGAGGAAUGGCAUCCUUGUCGGCUCUCAGGGUAUCUCAGCGCGGGCGCCGGGGCUUGUUCCUGCGAGGGGCCUUCCGUGUUCACCUGAACAGGAGCUGCCGGUCCGGGACACCGGUGAGACAGCAGCAGCAGCAGCAGCAGCAGCAGCAACACGCGCUGGAAUUGCCCUCUGAACAGGCAAUUGCAGUCCCAAGAAGAACACGGUUCUUAUCAGAUGCUGCCCCUUUUUCUGAUUUCCUGACUGAUAGCUUUGGACGCCAGCAUAACUACUUGAGAAUCUCGGUAACUGAGAAAUGCAACCUCAGAUGUCAGUAUUGUAUGCCAGAGGAAGGGGUUCAGCUAACUCCCAAAUCCGAAUUGCUGAGCACCCAGGAAAUCAUCACUCUUGCUGGGCUCUUUGUAAAGGAAGGUGUGGACAAGAUCCGUUUGACCGGAGGAGAGCCUCUUAUCCGGCCUGAUGUGGUGGACAUCAUAGCUCAGCUACGCAAAUUAGAAGGGUUGAAAACCAUCUCUGUCACAACUAAUGGGAUCAAUUUAGCCAGACUGUUACCCCGGCUAAAAGAGGCUGGCCUGGAUGCCAUUAAUAUCAGCUUGGACACCUUGGUACCAGCUAAAUUCGAAUUCAUUGUCCGACGAAAAGGAUUCCACAAGGUAAUGGAAGGAAUUCACAAAGCUCUUGAUCUUGGCUAUAAUCCUGUUAAGGUGAACUGUGUAAUUAUGAGAGGACUCAACGAAGAUGAGCUGCUGGAUUUUGUUUCUUUUACAGAAAAGCAGCCCCUGGACGUGCGCUUUAUAGAAUACAUGCCUUUUGAUGGCAACAAGUGGAACUUCAAGAAAAUGGUGAGCUACAAAGAAAUGCUGGAUACAAUUAAACAGAAAUGGCCAGACUUGAAAAAGUUGCCCUGUGAAGAAGCUUCUAGCACUGCCAAGGCAUAUAAGGUUCCACAUUUUCAAGGGCAAGUUAGCUUCAUCACUUCCAUGUCUGAGCAUUUCUGUGGAUCCUGCAAUCGACUGAGGAUCACAGCUGAUGGGAAUUUGAAGGUCUGCCUUUUUGGAAAUUCAGAAGUGUCCUUACGGGAUCACUUACGAUGUAAUGCCUCUGAAGAGGAGUUGAUCCAGAUUAUUGGGGCAGCUGUUGGGAGAAAAAAGAAACAACAUGCAGGCAUGUUCAACAUUUCCCAAAUGAAGAACAGGCCAAUGAUCCUCAUUGAGGCAACAUCAAGGUCAUUUCCACUUCUCCAAGAUGCCCUGCAGGACCAAGUAAAUUUGAAAGAUUGGGGCCUCAGACAAGACCACUGCCUGACUCUGAAAGAAAGUUUAUUCAAACAGAUGGGGAAAAAGUUUAAAACAAAUAUGUUUACAGGACACCAUGCCUUGCCAGGAUCUUACUCAGCACGACAGCUUGCAUCAAGGAUUUCACAAGCUCAGCUCAGUAGCAAUUGCUUUCUUCAGAAGACUUUGAGCUCCAGCUUGAAUGACAAGUGCCUUUGGACAGCAACUCCUCUCUCCAAACAGGCUUCCCAUGUGACUAGAGACAUUCGUUCCAGGAUGGUAAGCCAAGCAGAGAAGGGCUGGAGAUCUCUUUCAACUGCCAAAUGUCUUGGUGCCUCUGAUUGUUUAACCCACAUUGAUCGAGAAGGCCGGGUAUCAAUGGUAGAUGUUGGAGGGAAGCCAGACUCAGAAAGGAUUGCAGUGGCUUGUGCUGUGGUCCGUCUGGGUGCAAAGGUAUUCAACUUGGUGCAACAGAACCAAAUUAAAAAAGGCGAUGUGCUGGCAGUGGCCCAGAUAGCUGGAAUCCAGGGAGCCAAGCUAACAAGCCAGCUCAUUCCACUGUGCCAUAAUGUCCCAUUGAAUCUGGUUGAGGUCACUCUUAGUCUAGAUGCAGAAAAACAUACCGUUACCAUUCAGGCUCUGUGCCGCACCCGUGGGAAAACGGGGGUGGAGAUGGAAGCUUUGAUGGCUGCCAGUCUUGCUGCUUUGACAGUGUAUGAUAUGUGCAAAGCAGUGAGCCAUGACAUAAUCAUCGAAGAGGUAAAACUCCUCAGCAAGCAAGGAGGCCAGAGGGGUGACUUUAAGCGAGACUGAUUAAAGUUUUUAUUCAAGAGAUCGACAUACUUUAUCCUUGGAAUACAAUUUUAGCAACAGCAUCUCCAGUACUAGUAACCAAAAUUCUGACCAUUACCCUUACUAAAUCAUAAUCUCUUGUUUCUCUUAUUUUGCCUAAUAACGUAGGCUUAGGUCUAUUUGUUUGCCUGUCUUCUUUCAUGUAGCAACUGACCUUUUUGUCUGUAAAUUCUAAGCUCUCCCACUGCUUUGAUUUGCAGUAAUUCUAAGGAUACAUGAGUUUAGCCCUUUAUUUCUGACUUUGGGCAAGGUUCUGGUCUUCCAUUUCCUUUUAAUUGCACUACAAUAUUCACCCAGCAGGAUUUCAGCAUGACUCUUCGGCUUGAGAAUAUUCAGAUCCAGAAUUCUCAGUUGAAUUAUGAUUUUAGUAUCAUAUCAUAUCCAAACACUAGAAAAUAUAAACUGUGAGUCACCUGGAUCACUCCCAACUAGACCAAAUAUGAUUUUGAAUAGUAGUUUAGUUUCAAUUUGUCUUUCAAAAUGGAAGGUAAAUAUUCGUUGGUUAGGAAUAGUUACAAACUAAUCUGUAUACAGUUAAAAAUACUGUAUAAAUUUCUCUUAAAACUGGAUGAAAAAGUUGAUACUUCUAGUACUAUCUGUGUAAUACUAGUUCUGGUACUAUCAGUUCUAUCUGAACACACUGUCUUCCUUUUUUUUUCUCCUGAAGUUCUUCCUGCAGUUUCCUCAAAAUACAAAGCUGCCCCCAUCUCCUGGAGAGAGAUAGUUUAGACCAGGGGUCUCCAACCUCGGCAACUUUAAGACUUGUGGACUUCAACUCCCAGCUUUGCUGGCUAAGGAACUCUGGGAGUUGAAGUCCACAAGUCUUAAAGUUGCCGAGGUUGGUUUAGACCUAGGAUAAAUCUCUCUUCUGCAUAUAUGCAGAAGUCCAUGCCCAAGAGAAAAUGUGCCCUGAGUAUGUCUUAACCUGACCGGCAUGAGGGGAUGGAAAACUGAAUGUCAGAUUUGAUGCCUUCCUUUCAUAACACAAUAAAUAAAUAAAUAAAUAACCAAACAAACAACCCUAAACUCCUAGAUGUUCAAGCCCAUUAUAGUCUUCAUAUUAACAUUGAAGUGGAUGUAAUUCUGUCUAAGUAAGGCACUAGGAUUGAAACAAGUAGGACAAAAUAUCCUAAGUUUCUGGCCACAGAUGCAAUUUUGUUUUUUAUUUAUUAAAUUUUCUAGUCCAUUUUUUCACAGCCUAGGAAACUUUCAGAUGCAAGAGCCUUGAGACACAAAUCAAAGUAUUUUAAUUCUGAACAUUAUUUCUUUAAAACUCAUCAAUAGCAUUUUAAAUGAAAGUAGUAUCUUUUCCUGUUCUUCUACAGGAUUAGGAGAAUACAGCGUGAAGCUCAUUUUGCUAAUACUCCUCCCGCUGUUUAUGCUCCGCAUGUAUUUGCAUAGCAAAUGCUCCUUCAAGUAGGCAGAAAAAGAAAGGUUUUAUUCAACUCAAUUAGAGUUUAUGCAGAGGACAAUCAAGAGUAUUAUCCUUUCACAUAAUAAUACUCAGAAGUCAAGGAGAGAUAAUUUUGAUUCUCUGAAUGAAAAAACAAAGGAUUGAUAAUAUAGUGAAAUAACAGUGGCACCAAGAGACAUUUCUCCCCAAUCCCAUUAAGUGUUGGAAUUUCUCAGAUUAAAUGACCUUUAGCUUUACAUUUGAUUUUCAAACAGGUGUUUUCAUGUAACUUCUAAGGGAGCAGAUAGUGAUCAAUUAUAGUUUGUGCUAUCCAGUAAUUUAUUAUAAAGUAUUUUAAUCAAAAGCAAUUUUAGAAUAGAAUAGAAUAACAGAGUUGGAAGGGACCUUGGAGGUCUUCUAGUCCAACCCCCUGCUUAAGAAGGAAACCCUACACCACUUCAGACAAAUGGUUAUCCAAUCUCUUCUUAAAAACUUCCAGUGUUGGAGCAUUCACAACUUUUGGAGGCAAGUUGUUUCACUGAUUAAUUGUUCUGUCAGGAAAUUUCUCCUUAUUUCUAAGUUGCUUCUCUCCUUGAUUAAUUUCCACCCAUUGCUUCUUGUUCUACCCUCAGGUGCUUUGAAGAAUCGUUUGACUCCCUCUUCUUUGUGGCAGCCCCUGAGAUAUUGGAACACUGCUAUCAUGUCUCCCCAGUCCUUCUUUUCAUUAAACUAGAUACACCCAGUUUCUGCAACCAUUCUUCAUAUGUUUUAGCCUCCAGUCCCAUAAUCAUCUUUGUUGCUCUUCUCUGCACUCUUUCUAGAGUCUCAACAUCUUUUUUACAUCAUGGAGACCAAAACUGAAUGCAGUAUUCCAAGUGUGGCCUUACCAAGGCAUUAUAAAGUGAUAUUAACACUUCACGUGAUCUUGAUUCUAUCUCUCUGUUUAUCUCUCUCUGCCUAUAACUUUGUUGGCUUUUUUGGCAGCUACUUCACACUGCUGACUCAUAUUUAAAUGGUUGUCCACUAGGACUCCAAGAUCCCUCUCACAGUUACUACCAUUGAGCAAGGUACCACAUAUAUUGUAUCUGUGCAUUUUGUUUUUCUUGCCUAAAUUUAGAACCUUACUUUUUUCAUCAUUGAAUUUCAUUUUGUUAGAUAGCGCCCAAUGUUCAAAUCUGUCAAGAUCCUUCUGUAUCUUGAGCCUAUCUUCUGGAGUGUUGGCUAUUCCUGCCAGCUUGGUGUCAUCUGCAAAUUUGAUGAGUUCCCCAUCUAUCCCCUCGUCCAAGUCAUUGAUGAAGAUAUUGAAGAAAAAUUUUGAAACCAAUAAAAUGUUGCACAUGAGGUGAUAUUUGGAACCCAACCAUUUUCAGCUAGAUUUGAUAAAAACUGAUCUAUGCAUGAGCAGACUGGGUAAAAAUUGCUUGUUCUUCUAUAAUAUUUUGCACUUUAAUGAAGUCCAAAAAAAUGAUCAUAAAGAAGUGCCUACAUUUUGCUAUUGUGCUUAAAGGAUAAAUGAAAUGUGACUCUUUUCUACAUUUAUUUUUAGUUAAUCAGAAUAAUCAUCACGAUUUCCUGGAAUUGAGGGAAAUGAUUUAUGAACAUAAAUGGGCCCCAAGUGGCACUCACCAUUCUAGCCUGUUCUUCAUUGCUUUGGCUGGGAUAAAAACAUUGGUUUUUGAUCUAGGAUAGAAAGUUUAUGGGAGAAUUCCCACUCCCACUUGGAAUGUGGCUAUCAUAUAAACUCAAGGGCAGACUGAUUUGUCUGCUUGAAAGAGAAAGGGUUCUUCCCAGUACACCAAAGAUACAUAGGAGGAAAAUCAGAAUGUAACAACAUUUGAAUUACCUUUAAAUAGUUCCAUAUAUAAGCAUAGUUGCUUUUUCCAAUUUUUUUUCUUAAUAAAUCUAAUCCAAGGUGAGGGGAUUUUACAUUCAUUGUUCAUUGCAAGGUUGAUUAGCACUUCAGAGAUUGGACAGUACAAAUAACCCUUGAGUUACCACCAUCGUUCAUUGCAAGAAGGAACGUGCUAUUCAGAGAAUGGCGUGAGCAGUCUCAGGAAGAAGCUGCCUUGCAUAGGGUCAGGCCUUGUCAGCAGCAGGAUGAAAGCAGCUAAGCCCAGCAGUGCCUGCAAUGUGCGGGGUGGUGGUGGUGGUGGUGGUUUUGCACUGUGGCGCUAGAGUGGUUGGUCAUGAGACAGGCCUUUAGCGGUACUUCUUGGCAACAGUGGCAGCAGCACUGGAGUUGGAGUUGAGACCCAGAGUUGGGGAUGGGAACAGCCCCAGUGCUGCUGCUUCAACUGAAGAGGGACUCUGUGCAGAGCUACCAAAAGGGCAGAGAUGGGGGGAAAGGGAGAUAAGUGGGGGGGGGGGGGGUCAAGUGGAAGCAGCCUGUUAUUAAGGCUCGAGGUUGGGAGCAACGAAGCUAGGAAUGGCUUGGAUCAGGUGAACCCUCACCUAAGACCAGUGGCAUUCAGUUAACAAUGGCAACAGAGAGUACUGGGAUUGCCAUCACUAAACUAAGCAAUAUGAUCAUGUGAUGUUUUGCCUAAUGGCCACAUUGCUUACUGACAGAAAAUCCAGCCGUAAUUAUUGCUGAAUCUCAAACAGUAGCUGUAAGGCAAUGUCAGAAGUUUUUAACCACAGCCAAUUAGUUGGCAGAUCAGCAGUAAUCUCAAGAUCGAAAAUUGGUUCCCCAUCCUGUUCGCUGACAUAUAAUUUAGAAAUAUGGCAUUUCCAUAAAGCUGUGAAGAUGGGACAAUCAUGACGUAUCUAAUGUCAUGAAUAGAAAGUCUGGUGAUCAUUCUCCAGAACAAGGCAAAAUAAUAUCUAGAGCAGAAAUGACUUAAUCCCAAAUGCAUUGGUUGCCUUCUUUCUGAUUAUUAAAAGCUUUGUAAGAUUUCUGUUGUUACAGCAACUCAGAAACCAUGAUGGACAUUAGUUCAGUUCCAUAUGACAUUUCUGAAAGGCCUUUUAAAAAAACUCCCCCCUUUUCUUUUUAAUUCCAAAAAUCAUAGUCAAACCAUUGGUUAUGUCUCCAUACAACCUUCUGUCAGUUUUUUUGAUUUGGAAAUCACCAACAUAGGACAUAGGCUGAGGAGAGCCAUUUAAAAUGAAUAUAUUUCUGUGUGAAAUAUCAACUUUUUCUUGCCUUUUGAUUUUUAGAUUGUAUUGCAAAUGCCUUACAAAGGAAAACAAACUUUAGGGAAGAAUGUCCCAAGUUUGGGGAAAAGGAGAAUAAAAAAUAUACAUCUCAUGGGGCUGGAAAUGGACAACUUUGUAGAAUGCAAUUUACUUUUUCCUGCAGUUAGACUUUUCACACUAUUUCCAAAUAAAAAUAGUUCCUCCUUCCAAUUGUUUAUGUAAUUCAUAAACACAUUGUUUGCACCAAAUAGUAUUCAUUGAUUAAAUUCUCCUUAUUGCACCAAAUAGUGUUCUUCGAUUAAAUUGUUCUUGCAUAAGUUUAUCUGUUGUAAUGUGUGUAAACAUAAUGUCAGUUGAAUUACUUAGUAAGAGCAAUAGUUCAAGUUUAUACUUGACAAGAGGGCUUUAAUCACAGUCUGAUUGCUGUGGUCACUCCAUGUUUCUUCAAUUGCAGGGGUUAGUUACAUGACGCCAUUUAAUGGAGGUUACUGACCAACAGACUUUUUUUCUUAAAUGACCGUAAUUUGAGAAAUGCAUAUGCUUGUGUGAUAGUUCACGAUGUUUUGGCUAGUUGAAAUAUUUUGUUUUAAAAUUGAUUUAAUAUACAUAUUGCUCCUAGGCCAAAUUGUGAUGUGUUACUUCAGCCUGAAGAUUGUUGGUGUUAUCUUUUGAUGUCUCUUUAGAGUCAUUCCCUUUAAUGUAUGUUUCUGUGCAUCUGGGUAACUUUAGCUAUAAGAUUUUAGCUUUAGCCUGAAUGUGACUGUGAUUUUUUUUUGUUUGUUUGUUUAAUUUGUUCACCAAAUUUCAAUUCUGUGUGAGAACAGAAAACAGUAAAUGGCUAUAGACACAGACAGAUCUGAUGUAUACUCCUCAUUAUUCCAUCUUUAAGUCUUUCUGAAUGGAAUGAAGUAUGUCAUAUUUAUCGGGGAAGGGAAAUGAAUUGUUGCUGCUUCACAUUGCUAUGUAUUUUCCUACAUGUCCUAUAUAUGGUAAAAAGUAAUAACACAUUUUUUUAAUAAGUGCACUUGAUAAGAAGCCUAGGAUAUGUGUAAGUAUGAAGCAUAUAAUUAGAUUUUGGUUCCUUCCUGUGGUAUCAGAGAACAUCAAGUGUCUCGAGAUCACUGAAUCUUAUAGAAGUCUCUGAUGACAUGAGAAAUUGUUCUGCACACAUUCCUGUGAUAUGAGUGUGAUAAACAAGAAUGCAACUGUUGGAAAGAUGUAUUACUUGUUUCCUCUGCACCACUAACAUGUUCUAACAUUACAGGACGAUGGUUUGUUUAGGGGUGUCCAAGAACUUAAUACAUUUUACAUUGAGUUGCUUGACCACUAUACUUUCAGCCAUUAAGUCUGUAAUAUAAUGUAAACAGGACAGGACAGCAGAUACUUAAACUAAAAAUGAAUCUUUUCUGAAGUUUGGUUUUUCAUGCAUAAAUGUAGUGACCUAAUGUAUACUAAAAGGGCUUCGGAAUUAAUUUUAUUGAAAGAAAACUCAGAAUUUACAAUGAUUCAGUAUGCAUUGUGUUGAUUUCUGAAAAAUCUGUGCACUGAUAACAGGGUAUUUAGAUAGGCUUGUUUUUUUAAAAAAAUAUAUAACCUGCCUGUUAAUGAAUAGAUUGGAUUUCCUCCUUGUGGUUUUGGGAAGAAGGAUUUUUCAUGCUUAUAUUCAGACAGAGUAGCUAAUGAUGUUUUUUGAUGCUUUCAUUAUACGUCUACAUAAUAAUUCUUGGAUAUACGCACAAAUAGGAAUGUUUUCCAGGUAAUGAAAAGUUUAUACAGAUUUGCUGAGGUUGUACUAAGAAUGUUCUUUUUAAAAUAAAUAAAUAAAUAACACUUGCACACAGCA